CGUUCAUUGUUCAAAUCAAUCGACCAAGCACUUGGCCUGCUUCAAGAAACAAGAUUAUCCUAUUUAGUAACCAGUCCACUUAUCUCACGAUCCGCUGACAGGACAAACGUGACUAAAUCCUGUCGUUGAUAGAAUACUUAUCAGACUUUGGUGCUUAUUCUUGUUGAGAUGUGGAAAUUAUUAGCCAUUUGGGCGAUUUGCAUUUGUGAAAUAUGGUGUCAAGUACCUUUCUUUGGAAAGUGCCCCGAAAUCGAUAGUGUGCAGAAAAAUUUCGAUUUGAAUAAGUAUACAGGUAGAUGGUUUGAAGCAGAAAAAUACUUCGCUAACUUCGAGCUAGGAAAAAAAUGCAUCUUCGCUGACUAUUCUCUCUUCGAGAAUGGCACCAUGAAAGUAUUGAAUCAAGAUAUAAACAUUAACACCCACAAGAAGAGUUCAAUUGAAGGAAAUGCAAGACCUGCCGGAGACGACAAAGAGGGUAAAUUAUUGGUGAAUUUUCCGCGUAGAGGAGUUCGUGUAGACGCACCUUACUGGGUGUUGGAAACUGAUUACGACAGCUAUGCUGUUGUCUGGGCAUGCUCUGAGUACCCAAUGGUUAGCACAAAGUAUGCCUGGAUAUUGACCAGAAAGAGAGACCCAUCAGAAGAAACACUAAAGAAAGCUUACCAAGUAUUCGAAAGGCUUAAUCUCAGUAAAAAAGAUCUGUUCAAAACCGAUCAGAAAGACUGUCCUAUCGACGAAUGAAAAUGAGGAAUAAUAUUUCGAUGAAAAAUGUUUUUAUUCUUUCAAUAAAGCUGUUCCUCAUUUUGCA